AGGGCUGGGAGGGGCUUUAGAACAGGGGAUGUCAGAGCUGGGAGGGCUUGAGAAGAUGCAUUCUGCAGUGUCACAAUGGGGAGGUUCUUACAACGCAGCCAAAGAACAGAAGAUAUCUCAGCCGGAUGGACUCUGUUGUUGUUAGUGUUCACUUGCGUCCAACUCCAUAUUAUUUCUUCCAGCCCCGUGAGCCCCGCCAGAGAAGGGCGUAUCGGGGCGCUGGUCGAGGAGCCUUCCCACGGUCUGGAGCUCUCUGAAAGCUGUCGUCUGAGUGUGUGCAGUGGGUGAGGCGAAGGGAAGGUCCUCUGACUCCAAGGUAAAUCUAAAGAUGAGUCGCCAACUUCUGGGGUCACUGGGAGAGUCUGCUUCUAGAAAGUAGGAUUUGAGCUGAGACAUGAAGGAUCCCAAUUGGAAGCAGCCCUCAACCACCGAGGAAACUGAGCGGUCGCUGCGUUGUUUCGGAAUGUCUUAACACAGAUGGCUCUGUGAGGGUGACCAUGGCCACGAGGGUAGAGGUCAGCCCGCUCGCGUCCCUAACACCUGUUCCCAACUUAAAGGAGAUUGCCAAGGAAGACAAACUGCAAACGACCUACUAUCACCCUGUCGGCAAAGCCCCGGCCUCUCCUCCGGGGAUGGUGCUGGCAGGGCCGAGGGCUCUCGGGACUCCGACCAGAGCCCUCCCCGUGCCCCGUCUCUCCCCCAAACCGUUUUCUAAAGAGAACCCUUUGGAUACGUUUGCAAAUGUGAAAUCUCCCGUGGCGUCCGUCAAGCCUGGUGCUGGGACGACCAGGCCGUUGGCUUACAGCAAGCUGGAGGACUCGUCCGCCGUUAAGGCCGUGGAUGAAAACAUGCCUUCCUUGGUUGAACCAAAGAUGGAUGAGGGGGGAGGCCUGAGCUCCAACGUCAUAAAGCCUUGUAAUAAACCCCUUUCUCACACCACGCACAGCCAGAACACCAUCAUUCUCUUUGAGACGGUCGGCCCCGCCAAGGCCAAGGCAGAUCCCGGCUCGGGAAGGUGGACGGGUGAGGAGCAGAAGGCAGCGAGUGUGAGCCAGCCGCAAGGACAGCCACCCAGCUCCAAGACCGAGACUGUGACCAAACCUGCGUUGCCUCCCCGGAAACCCGCGGGGACCCUCCAGCGGCAGGCGUCUUUGUCUUCCGACGAAAGGCCGGCCGUGUUGAGGUAUUGGGAGAAGGGGGAAGAGAAGGAAUCGCCGGCAUCCCCCGGCAUCAAGAAGGAAGGAGGGCCCCCAUCCUCAGAAGUCCGGCUGAGGGCCAAGCGGAGGCCGGUCUCGGCCAUCUUCACUGAGUCUCUCCAGCUCCCAAAGCCUGGCUCUUUAGAAACCCCCGGGGGGAAGGUGCCCCCUCCUCCCCCGGAGAAAUCGUGGGUGCGGAAACCUCGGCCCCUGUCUGUGGAUCUCACGGCCAGGUUUGAAAAUAAGGAUAUUCUCCCCAAGAAGGCGGGCAGUCCCUUGGAGGUGGGCAAGGAGAAAGGGCUGGGUGUGGUUCCCAGUGACAGAGGAAAUGGAGAGGAGAGGUCAGAACCUCUGGACAGGGCCACACCCUCGCAGCCUGCCUUGAGGGUGAAGGAACGGCCUUUGGAGGUCCCAGAUCUGAAAAAUAAAGCAAAGGAACAGGACCAGAAAAUUAUCUUUAGGUCGGUGGAGGCUUGUUCCCCUGAAACAUCUACAGACCCGGCGGAGACCUCGGUCAGGAAAGGAUGGAGCCCUCAGGAUGAGAAGCCCAAACAGGAGAGGGACCCAGAGCACCAGGAGGCUGAAGGACCCGUGUCUUUGCUUAGAUCGGAAAAAAGCCCAGGACUCGCAGAGGGAAAAAACCAAACGGCCAAGGGGCACGGGAGGGUGACUGAAAGGGACGGUGCCGGAGGGGAGGAGUGGGUCUCCAGGGGGAGCGUCAAGAAGCGCAUCAGCCAGUUUGGCUCCGAAAACUUCUUGUCUCGGGCGAGCAGCGAGGCUCCCGCUCCAGCCUCUGAGAAGGACAAAGGCAGCGUGAAAGUCCAGGACCGAAUCAAAGAGUGGAUGGUGGAGAACCCCGAGAUGCCCCCCGAGAGCAGGAGGAGGUCCUUCCAGUCGAGGCCUCUGUCUGCCGACUUGACCAAAGUGUUCACAAGGCCAGCUUUGGAGAGCGAAUCGAAAGUUGACAAGAGUCCGAGUGGCGAGCCUCUCCAAGAAAGCGUUCUCCAGGAAAAGACUAGAGAAGGGCACGUUUUGUUCAGAACGGAUUUGAAUGGAGCAUCUGUUGGGAAGAACCAGUGGAAGCCUGUGAAGCCCUGUGAGAAAUCCAGACAGAUUGAACGGAAAUUGAGCUCCAGCCACGAAACAGAAGGCUCCCCCUUCCCGAGAGAGGAUUCCACCGUGGCCCCCCGUCGGCCCGAAGCCCAGCCGCCGGCCACCAUGACCGAGGACGAUGGGGACUUUCAGACCGUGUGGGCGACGGUGUUCGAACACAACGUGAUGAGGUACGCCAUGGCCGACCAUCCCUUGCUGGCAUCCUCCAGCGAGUCGGCCGGAAGAUGCGACGCGUCGCCCGGUAUGGGAGCAGAGAAAGCGUCCUGGUUGGGGAAGGGGCCGGGGGACAGAGGGAACGUCAGGUCUGAGAAUUCCAAGUGGGCCGAGAGACUCAGUGCGAAGAAACCCUGGAACAGCGUCCUGCUGGAUGAAGACCCAGUGAAUGCCGCCCCGCUGGAAAAGCAUGCUGGGGGCGAAAGAUGGAACGUCUCCUCUGGGAAGCAGACGGGAAAUCUGCACCAAAGAAUAGAGCCAAGAUACGACAUUGGACACACGCAUGAGGAAAGGAUCCUCAGCGAGACCGUCGUGACCGCCCCGGAGGAAAAGGCCGCGGCGCUCCGGACUAACAAGCAGUGGUCUUCCCUGAGGGAAGCGCAGGGCUCUUGGAGUGAGGAGGUGAACGUGAAGCAGCAGGGGAGACCAGAGGUGAAAAUGGCACCCUGCCCAGCCUCCGAGGAGAAGCUGGAGAUAGUCACCCCUAAGGUUGAUGUGUUGGGUGGGGGCUCACUGCAGCGCAACAAAGUAGUGGAGAAGCCCACUUUGGUAAACCAGGACCAGACCACUGGUCUGGUGGACAGUGACAAAGUUUCCAGGCUGUUUCGCCAGACUGCCAAGGAAAAAGAAAGCCCGCCUCAGGUUCCCGGGACCGUGGUGGUCAGAGCGUCCCAUAUAGAACCCUACAGCAUGCAUCUGGGGGUCGGCUCAUUGGACAUGGGCAAGGCCAGCUCUCAGCCUCCAGUGGAAGGAAAGAGCCACUUUGAUCAUUUAACUAGCUCUUACCCCUGGGUGGAUCGGAGGGCCACGGCGAAAGAGGGAUACUUUGACCUCAGAGUAAAAAGACAAGAUUCAAGGUCUUCGAGAAAAGAAUCUCUCAAAAUGGGCAAAGAAAGUGAAUGGAACCAGUCCCAGGCCGCGGAGUCGGAAAUUAAAGUCAAGAAGUCGGAGAGCGUGGAUGUGAGGAUCUCGGAGAGAUGGCGGCGGAAGACGUUGCCCCACGACGUGAAGUGUGAUGACUUCAUCCCCUUCGUCUUGGAGCCAGCCAAGAGGCUUGGGAGGCGAGCCGAUUCCCUGUCCCCGAGCGACACGGCCUUCAAAAAGAGUCGGCAGGCCCAGGACGGGCCAGAUUCUAAGGAGCCGAGUUGGAACCUGCCUCUGGAUGCGAAGGAGACGGUCCCAAAGAUGGAAUCUCCUCGGGAGUCCAGGGAGACCUACUUUGCUUUGACAUAUCAGAUCCCUGGGGACAAAAGAGAACAUAACACAGACAGUUGCAUUUAUGAGAACAGGAAGGCGGCCCCUUCGCUAGACAGAGACGAACAUAAUUCUAGAAAACUCAGCUUUUUGUCCCAAUCGUCCCCAAACUCCAGGUUGUCUGCUUCGUACUCCAGAGAGCCCUCGGAAAACUUUAAUAGGAAAAGUUGGCAGGCCAAAGAGAGGGAACAGGAGAACCUCGGCUUUCCCAAGAGCGCCCGGCCCGGCGACCAGCCGUCGCUGCCCGGGGAGAGAAGGACGAGACAUACCGACGGCAGAGUGAUCGAUGUGGACGCCGUUUGGCUCAACCAGAGAAGCAGCAGCAUCCCCGGGGAGUCCAAAGAGGACGGCGGCAGGAGGUCUUCCAGAGCUCCUGAACAGAUGAUGUCUUCCUCCAAGACCGGUGACCCCCCGAGAAGGAGGAAGCUGGGGGACGGCUCGGAAUCGCUGCGAGCCAAACCUGAGGACGCUUACAGGUCCAGUGUCCUCGACAUCGACGCCCUCAUGGCUGAAUAUAAAGAAGAAUUCACGAAAGGCGGUGAGCCCAGGGACUGGAAGGAGGAGAGAGUACCUGCCAGCCACAGUGGGUUUCAGUGGGAGCGGCCAGGUAACAGGAGUUCUGCAGAUCACCUGUCCCAGAGGUGUGACUGGAGAGGCCAGAAGGAGCCCCAGGAUUUCAGGAAGCUGGCCAGUCUCCCCGGGCAGCAACGCCGCAGGCCUGAGGAAUCCAGCCCCAUGACGUACUCUGGACCCGAACUGGGCAAGGAGAAGGCCGAGUCCCCCACUUACGAACCGAGCCGACAGAGAGCUCCCAGCACCAAAUUUAUCCCUCCGCUCUGGGCCGUGCCCCAGUCGGGGCUUUCUGACCAGUACCUGGAUUCGCCUUCUGACCCCUGGAAGAAAGCAGCAGCGGAGGAGGAGAAAAAAGAUAACAAGGCACAAAACAGCAAAGGCCGGAGUUACACCCCUUUAAAAGAUAUCAAAAACGCGGAGAUGAGCUCGGCUCCCAAGACUUCUCCUGUGGCUCAGGAGGCCGUCUUAUUUGAGGAUGAAGUCUGGGCUCCCCGAAACUUUGUAGGGAAAAGGGAGAAAGUGGGCUCUCUCCACGGGAGAACCAAAGUUAGGAGAGGAGACUAUGACUCAGACUUUGGCAACGUGCCCGUGGACAUCAGGCGUACUUAUUCAGAAAAGACGGCCCCCGCUUUGGUCCGAGAGAAUCUGUCCCUCAUGACUGAGGCCCGGGAACGAAGAAAAGAGCAGUUAAAAGCCCAGAAGAGUCUCCCAGGGGAAAAUCUCGAGAGCACGAUGGCCUACAGAGUAUUCCCACACUGGGAAGCUAAAUCCAGUGAGGAUCAGAAGACACCACAGGAAGUUGAAAAAGAAAGGGUCAAACUUGCUAACAAUAAAUCCCCCCUGAGAAGUUUCACUCCGACCUCUGUCCCCAGGAGAAGUCACAGCUUCUGCAAAGACAAGAAAAUGGAGCCCUUUAUGGAUCAGCUCAAACAGUGUUUUGCGAGGCAGCCCCCAGAGGCCAAGGACACAGACACAUUGGUGCAGGAGAGCGAUAGCCAAUACGGGACCUGGAAUGACCCGCGGCAGAGCGGGGAGAGCUUUGCUCCCGAGUCUCCUUCUCCGGACAGCAAUGUCGCUUCGGCCCGAAAACAGCCUCCCGGCAGCCGGCUUUCCUCCCUGUCGUCCCAGACGGAGCCCGCCUCGCCCGCCGACCCCGGGGACUCCUCCAGGGACCAGCGCAGCACCAGCUUGGACCGUUCCAGCACGGACUUGGAUUCGACCGAUGGGGCUGAAGGAGCCCCACCUUCAGACACGGGUCCUGAGGGAAAGGUGGAUGACUUCUCCUUCCUCAAUCAAACCUCGGUCUUGGACUCGAGCGCCCUGAAGGCCCGCGCCCAGCUCAGCAAGAGGAAUCGGCGCCGGGCGCCCGUCUCCCACUCCCUCAGGAGAAGCCGGGUCAGCGAGGCAGAGAACUCGUCCCCGUUGGUGGAGGAGACCGACAGCGCUUGGAUGUUUAAGGACUCCACAGAAGAGAAAUCGGUCAAGAAGGAGGAGUCUGAUGAAGAGGAGAAGCCGCCCAGGUCAGAGAGGACCCCUGUUAACCAGCCCCAGCGGCUCCCUGUCUUCCCAGGCGUGGAUCCUUCUGUACUUAAGGCUCAGCUUCGGAAGCGGAAUGAGUUGGACAGCCCUGGGGAAGUCCAGGCUCCAGCCCAGCUGGCCAAGUCUCCCAAGUCGCCCUUCCAGCCUGGGGUCCUGGGCAGCCGCGUGCUGCCUUCCAGCGUGGAGAGGGAGGACAGGUCAGAAGAGAUGUCUCCGCAAUGGCUGAAAGACUUGAAAUCCAAGAAGAGGCAGAGCCAGUAUGAGAAUCAAGCCUGAAAAGGUAAAAGAGAAUGCUGAAGUCUCAUUAACAGAAGCCUUAAUUGUCCAAACCUGAAGACAAAAAGUCCUGCUGCUGUUUGCUUCCUGCCUGCGCGGUUAGGUGCCUGAUGGGCCGCGAAAGCUGCUUAGUGUUCCGAGUCCCAGAAGGGAAGAAACUCUUUGGUUCCGAAAGGGAAGGAGAGUCACUUGGGAAGAGCUUGGAGCCAGAGCUGGUCCUUCCAAGAGCCUCCCCGGGCUGCCCUCCAGGACUGGGGAGCAUGUUCUCUCUGUUCUCUUGUUCUUUUUGGUGAAAUCCCCCAUUUUCACCCAUUUCAGAUAUCCUCAGCAGCCUCAGAGACAAAUGCCUUCCUUGCGCGUUUAGCCGGGACGGAGUGUGAGGGGGCCGGCAUUGUCUCAUUGGUCUCUGGACCUAUCUGAAUUGGGAUCGUGCCCAUUUCUCUCCUCACCGUGCCGUAAUUCCUGCUGGAGAAAAAAAUCGUGUUUCCACAGGGUGCGAAAGGACCAACGGGCCUCCUGCCACGCCCGCGGCCCACAGGGUACCCUGCUCCUUCUGUAAUAUAGUGUUUUUUGAUCAAUACUCCCACUGGUUUCUUACCCUCAGAGAUUUACAGGCCUGAUUGUAAAACGCAUCAAUGAGUGGAGGGCGAGCGGAGCCGGAUCAGCUGCUUCAUUGAAAUGCCAUUUUCUGGUCACUGGAGCUUGGGGGAGGGGGACAAAGCAAUAAUUCCAUUGAUUCUCUUUCCCAUCUGACGUGUAGGUAGACUUUUUAUGUGAAAAGAAAAGGAAGACGUGGGAUAUAUGGCCUCAUGUCUUCAAACACCUCAGGUUAUUCCCACCCGAUUAUUUUAGUCAUUGUCUUUGUAAAUAGCGUCUUUUCCUUCCUUCUCCCCGUUCUGAUUUUGGUGGGUUAACCGAUCUCCCGGGAUCUCUAAUGCUUCUCCAGAGAAAACGUGCUCCUGACCGGCACUGUAAACCCCCAGGCCCCAGGUUAGCGGAUGGGACGACCUUUGGCCAGCUGGCAGUCUCCCCCCUUUCUGGAGCCGUUUCCACAGUCAGCGUGUCUAGAGAUUCCAUAGUCAGUUGCAUUUUCGGUUUCUUAUCAAUCCUUCCCAUUUUUGGUUGUUUCUGUUCUACCCUGUUUUAAAAAAAAAAAAGUGCUCUUUUCAAAAAAUAAACCCAAAUGUAGACUGGAAUGGACUUCCUGAGAUUCUCACCCUUUCCUGAGACUAGAACCAAGAGAGGGAGGGAGUGAAUGGCCUAAAAAAAUCUGGUUUCCCUUUGCCUGCUACCUUUCUAAAGCAGGAGUACCCAUGAACUGCCUUCCUCUCCGAUCUCUAGGAAUCCGAGUCCCCCCAACAUGUUGGCCUUUAGGGGAUGGUCCCUUCCUGCCCGACGCCCAACAUCCCAGCUAACCAAUGGGGACAACCCACACUCACACACAGCCAUUAGAGGGCCGUGAGCGGCCACGAACUUUGUGCCAAUCCCAUUUAAAAGAAGCUGUAGAGAGGCAGAUGCUGGCAGCUUGCACAUCAUGGGCUGGAGUCCUCUGAGACAGAGAUGGAGUGUAGGACAUUUUCUGGCCCCUCCCUGGAAAUGGAAGUGGACUCUUGACCUCCACAUGGAUAACUUGAACAUACACAUCUCUGCCUUGUCUGAUGGGAGGAAGACAUAAGGUGCCAGGAAGUCUGUAUUUCUUCCGUCCCCUUGAGUUCACGGUCGUUGAACUCCCAGCGAUGGAUUCCUGGUGAAACCUUCCCCCCUCCUUCCUCUCCCUUUUUCCAGUUAAACUACAAACGCUGAUACUCUAGAUUUUCAGGCAAGGACAGAAUGUGGGAUGAGAUCCUUCUCUUUCACUCCUCUGCCGGACCCCAUUAAGAGACACUGUUGACUUGUCUUCCUCUAAAUUCAGUGGUUUCUGAACCCUACAUUAUGCAUUGGCUUGAUGGGGGCCAUUGUUCUUUUCUCACCUCUUAUAGCACUUAAAAACCAACUGCUCCAAUGGCCAAUGGGUGGAUAGUCAAUGGGAUGACUCCUCAGGGACCUCACGGAGAGUCCAACUCUGAGGAGCCUAUAACGCCUGUGAACAGGUAGCUCCCGUGUUUCAGAAAGAAGUGGAUACAGAGGAAAACGACUGUUUGGUGGGGACUCCUUCCUCCUACAUCCCCCUUCGGCUAUGUGAUCAUUUUAAGUCCUAAUUUCUUUCUUUCCUCAUGCAGCGGUGUGGAAAUGGUCAACAGUAGAGGGCUUUUCCAGUCAACAGUCUUAUUAAACAGCUUCCCCAUUAGCUCCUUGGAGCCUUCUCUCCCUUCAUUAGCUGUUGUGUUUACAUUUCCAGACUGGGAUGAAAUCAAAGGGCGCUUGGCUGUACCGAACCCACAUCGGGAUGUGGCCUUCUGUGCUUGGUCAUUGGGAUGAUAUGCACUGAACAGUAUUUUAAUUGGGAGUAAAUAAUGCCCCUCCCGGACCUGCAGAGGGAGAUGGGUGGCCAGGAAGAAAAGUUCUAAUUUCUUCUUGGGAUCUAAAUUCAUGGCAACAGAACCGUCCUUUGGGACUUUACCUCGAAAGCCCCUCAUUUUGAAAACUUUGGGUUUUCAGUCAUUAUUUCCCUAACGCUGCUAAAAUGAUCCCAUUGUUCAUGACUAUGAGAUGUGCCCUUCUGCUUUCUUUAAUUUUUCAUUUUGGGACUAAUUGAUGAUACUAUGAUGAUACUAAGAAAUCCCUCAUCAAAACUAACUUUUGCUUACGUCUCUGUCAAAAUGGGCAUUGGGGCUAGAGUGGAAGUUGUCUGCAGAAUGUCCAUAAAACCAUAAAAUCCACUGGUUUUAUCUUUAGGCAUGAACACUCUUUGGGAGUUCAGCCUGCUCGAUUGAAAAGAUUUUGGUCAUUUUUAAAGGCAAUUUAGCCAUUUUCCUCUUGACCUGUUCAGUGAUUCUUCUAGGAACCCAUGAGCCAUAUUGAGAGUAUGAAAUCAUUUUACCUACAAGCUUUCUUUCUCUCUCUUCCAUCUUUUGACAGCAGCCAACUUCUGGGAGCUGUUGGUCCCAAUGAGCAAGAAAUUUUUGUCCUUUACCGUUGUCUGCUACUUGAAUUCUGGGAAAGCCCAGUGGAAAUCUUUAACAUUGCAAUAAUAUCAAUGCUGAUGUCCAAUUGGGAUUCUAGUGUUUCCUGAGGAAUUCUGCCAAAAUAGAAACCUCAUGACACAGGCCUGGAAUUUGGUUUAUUUUGAGCCCAAGAGCCCAGAUGUGUCAACUGCCCAGUGAAGCAGCCAUCAGCUUAGGGUGAUUUCUAAACUACAAAGACCAAUAAUACCUGUUUUUUUUUUUUUAAUCACAAAUUCCUUCAUCCUUUGUGUGGUUUUCAUGAAUAUCCUCUGUCUGAUGUUGAGAGAGAGAGAGAGAAAGAUAUGAGAUGGAGAAAGAAAAGAAAGAGAGAGAGAGAGAGAGAGAGAGAGAGAGAGAGAGAAAGAGAGAGAGAGAGAGAGAGAAAGAGCGCUAUUGAACUCUUGAGGUACCUAAACAUAAUCGGUUGAGCAAAUGAUUCCAAGAAGCCCUAGUAAGAAAUUAUCUGGAAGAAACCUCAGCCCUCCCACCUGUAGCUAUUGAUUAUCUUAUCAACUGAUGUUUUUAAUCUUAUAGCAGGGCUCUCUAGGACUCCAGGACUGGUGCAUAAUUACAAAUAUGCAGAUGCUUAAGUGUGUAAUAGAUCACCCCAGAAACUCCCCAGUUGGGACCCAGGGAGAGGAGGGAAAAUCCUGGUUAAAUUUUGACCAAGGACUCCUCAGGCUAAGUCAGCCUCUUGGAUUUGGGGAAAUGAGUCCCUAGUGAAAGUAAAAACAUGAGUAGAAUGACCCUCUCUACCCCAAAUGCUUCCAGUACCAAGCCCAAGAGCAGGCUUUUAAAAACUUGCUUAUUAUUAUUUUUCCCAAUGUUUGAUUUGGGGGAACAGGAGCAAGAUGCACCAAAUCCAUCUCAACUAUUUGAAGAUCAUCUUUUUAAUUUACUUGGCCAAGCUUAAAUGGGAGGGGAGGGUGGGGUAAAGAAGAGAAGUCACCCCAAAGUAUCUCAAUGUGCCUUUUUCUUCAUAAUCCAUAGCUAAAAAUCCCCAUGGUGUGGCUGGACCAUCAUGUCAGGAGAACAGUGUUGUAGAGGGACUAUAAACGAGUAGUCCAGGAGGGAACCAAGUGUAUUGUUUUGGUGUUCUCGGAAUGAAGGCAGGAAUGGACCCAUGCCCUCAACCAUCUCUAGGUGGUGGCCAUCUCUCCUUGAAUGACUGGAGCCACUGACUGGGUGUCCUGUACUAAGAAUGUGAGGCCCAAGUCUGAAUGGGACCAGUGCCCGAGGCAGGUGAACCCAGAACCUUCCAAGUGGUUUUAGGGGUGAGCCCAUUAAUAAGGGAGGAAUAGGCUGUGAACAAGUCCAUUUUGGACCUAAGACGUUGAUUUCUGAGCAUGGCUCUGGUGUUAUCCCAUGGAGCAGGAGAUGAAUGCUGGCAGGGAGCAAUUCCAGUGCAGCUCUCAGGAAAUGUAGUAGAGAAGACUUCUAGGAUAUUAACGCUUAAAAGUAGAAAAAGUCCAGGGCUCCAAAGAGAUGCUCUCCCAUUUUCCCUCUCUUUGCCACUUCCCAAAGCACUUGGGAGAUCAUUUCCAGAAUGCACAUUCCAAAUUCCUGGAAGUGGAAAUUAACCCAGUUUCCUGUGAGGAGAGUUGAGAGGAAGGAGGAGGGAGAGAGCAGUGGUCCCUGAUUUCAGCAGGUCCCAGCUGUGUCCCAGCAUAUUAAAUAGAGUGACUGUACAGAGAAUCUGUUUUUGGGUUUUAAUAAUCUCAUUCCAGAUAGCCUUAUAGUCCCUGUAAAUAUGGAGCAUCCAAAAUUAAUAUAUUGUGUUAUAGAAAAUAUUUUGUACCGCAUUUGUUUCCUAAGUAAUGUCACCCUCCUUGGUGUCAUGUACUUGUAUGAAUACGACCCCCAAGAAUGCUCUGUCAAGUUUUUAAAGAAUAUAUAUAUAUAUAUUAUAUUUUCUAAUAUUUCUGCUGUGAUCAUUCCUCAGAUUUAGGCAGUAAUGGCAGACGGAAAUUGAGUUCUGCUAGAAAAAAGAAAUUCUAUCGUCUCCGCACCCUUGCUUUUUAUUGUUGCCUUGUGGGCAAACAGGCUAGUUCUGUGAACUCUGAACAAAUUUAAGCCAGAUCAUGGGCACUUUAGACAUCCUAGAAAGGACCCCCAGUCAGGUUUGUAGAAAAUACAUCAGUAUACAAAGGCUAUAUUUUUAAUGUCAGAUGGAAAGAGUGUAUCUUGGGAUGCUAGCAAUUUUUACUAAGAGUUCCUUUCCCCUAUAAAGUACCGGAUGUAAAGAAGUCCUUUUAUAUUUUAUCACUGAAGAGUUUCCUAUUCGUAGAAAAAAAAAAGUGGUUUUGAAAAUGUGAUCCAGGACUGCAAUAAAGAGAUGACUUAGAAAAAUGAUGGUCUCAUCCUGUGGGUCUUUGCAUGUAUAAAAAUGUUGCAUUUGAAUUAUGAACAUAGAAAAUAAAGCUUUGAAGCCAGUUGUA